UUUUUCCUGAGGCUUCAUUGGAAGUUUUGCCUGACUAGACUAUAUACAAUGGUGGAGUCCACACCUGACUGUGCCUCGUGUAAGGUGAUAGGAGCCGGAGGUUGCUUUGCAGGUGCAAUGUAUGCAUUCUACCAGAGGGCUCACCUACCCUCUACAGCCUCCAACAGAAACAGGCAAUGGCUGGCAAUGGUCGGAGCAGUGGCUGUGGGGCUGGGAGUGGCGAGACUAGCUUCCUGACAGCAGCUGGGCGGGUCUAGACGUAUACGUUGAUGUCACUUCAGGUGCAGCAAAAUUCACCAACAUUUAAUUUUCUUGUGAACACAAUGAUAUUAAUUUUUUGUAUAGCUAACUUGUUUGUAUAGCUAACUUGCUUACGUCCUAAGCAAACUACUUUGUGAUCAUAAUGAAUACCAUUCACUUAAUUGUUACAAGGAAUGUUUAAUAAUUCAGUCAAUUGCUGUUUAUACUGAGCCAGCCAAAUAUUUUUAGUCAAUUUUAGGAAGUGACUAAUUCUACUGCAUGCAUCCUGUGUUACCUUGCUUGGGUGGAAACAUUCAUGCAGACAGUAUAAAAAGGCACUGCAUGCAUUUUGAACCAUAACAAUCUGUUACUACUCUUCAUCCAACCUCAAAAGAAUAAUGGGAACUGCUACAAUCUUCACAACUUUGACUUGCUGCCUCUUAGCAGCAAUGUGCAGCUGCAAUGCACUGUUUUGCAACACCUGUGUCCCUGAGCAAUGCCCAGUGGCGACUAAUUGUCCUGUAGGGAAAGUGAUGGACUCGUGUGGGUGCUGUGAAGUGUGUGCCAUUCCUCUGGAGGGCACCUGCAACACUGAUCUAGAUUUUGGACGGUGUGCAGAUGGGAGAUUCUGCCUACCCGACGGCGGCCUGUUCUCUGGAACUACUGCCGGAAAGUGCUUAGACAUUACUGAGUGCUUUUCCUCUGGUUGUGAUGUCAUUGAUGAUACGUGUGAUUGCGGCUAUUCCAAUUCUUGCCCGACCAAGACCUUCACGUUCAACGACUUGCUGUCCUGUGAAGCAAGCAUAUCUGAGAACUCAACUGAAGAAGUACCUGUGUGUGUGAGCUUUGGAUGUGAGAUAGUGGCCGAUCACUGUCAAUGCAAAUACAAUGAGAGUUGCCCCAUGACGUCUUUCUCUUACUCCACUCAUGAUGAGUGCGAAGACGCUAUGAAAUUUGCUGCCUGUGGAAGUGUGGUGUGUGAGUCACACAUAGUCUGUCCUGAGGGUAGUUACUAUGAGUCUGGUCCUCUGCUUCCCGGAAACUGCUGCCCUAGCAAUGGAGUGUGCUGGUGUGACAAUGAGCUGUGUCCGGGAGAGCCAGAUUGCCCUGAGGGAUUCGAACCAACUGUGGUCACUUCUGCUAACAACACUGAUGGACAGUGCUGUAAUACUUAUGAGUGCACACGAGUUACAUGCGACUAUGAAGGCCAACAGUUACAACACAAUGAAGCCGUUCUUGUAGACGCCUGUACAACUUGCCAGUGUUACAAUAAAGAGCUGUUCUGUCAUACUCUGAGCUGCUCUGUACCACAGUGUACCUCAUACGAAGAACUUGUGCUUGUUCCUGGAAAUUGCUGCCCAUUUUGCCAGCCACGAGCAGUGAUCGACCCACCAAAUGUGCCAGUGUGCGAGAUCGAAGGUGUGUUUACGGACCCAGAAAAUCCAUGCCUAUUGUGCAGCUGUUACGAAGGGCGAACUGCUUGCUUUGAAAACGAGUGUUCUCCAUUGGCUUGCGUAAAACCAGUGCUAUUACCGGGUACUUGCUGUCCUGUUUGUGAAGAAGAUAUAGAAACCACAACUGCAGCACCAGCUAUUAAUGUUACGUCUGCUACCACAACAGAAAUCAAAAAGCCAGAAUUCUUUACUGAGGCAGUCACUAAAGGAGAGCCAAGCAUACAACCUCAGGAGGAGGUUAAAGAUAAAAUAGCGAUUGACCCUCCAAAUGUACCGCUAUGUGAGAUCGAAGGGGUGUUCACCGACCCAGAGAAUCCAUGCCGAGUCUGCAGCUGUUAUCAAGGAACAACUGCUUGCUAUGAAGAAUGGUGUGCUCCAAUGGCUUGUGAGAAUCCAAUCCUUCUGCCUGGAGCUUGCUGCUCUACCUGUGAAGAAGUCACUAUGACUGAAGGACCCGCUUCUACAACUAGUAUCUCUUCUACGACUGAAUCUGCUACUGAAGAACACAUAACUACAGACAGUUUUACCACACAGAAAAUGGACAUAACGGACAUAACAGAAGAGACAACAAAUAUACCGAUUGAAAUAGUGGAGCCUCCGUAUGUGUCACUGUGUGCAAUCGAAGGUGUAUUUACAGAUCCAGAAAACCCAUGCAGAGUAUGCAGCUGUUACGAUGGGAGAACUGCUUGUUUUGAAGAGGGGUGUGCCCCAGUAGAGUGUGAAAAGCCGGUGCUCUUGCCAGGAACCUGCUGUCCUGUGUGUGCAGAACAACCGACAAGUGUGCCCACAACUGAAACACCUACUAAAGAGCGAUUGAGUACUGAAUCCAUUACUGUAGCUCUAACUACAGAGGAAUCACAUACAACGGAAGAAGUUACUGAAGAGCUUACUUCUGAAUUAAGUACAAAACAAUCAACAACAGCUACGACUAUAAUUCCAUUCUCCACCCCAGAUAUUACUUUUAACCAGUCCCCGUUCGUAUCACAGCACUGCACAAGACAGCAACCAUACAUUAGCCGUGGUGAUGCUUGCCUGACCUGUAUGUGUAUCAACGGAAGAGAGAGGUGUGUGGAUCAGUCGAGGUUUCUCUGUGAAGUCCCUCGCUGCAAGAACCCAGUGCUGGUGGAGGGACAGUGCUGCCCUAUCUGCAUUGAAAAUGAUGCCACCGCUAUUCCGGUCCCAGAUUCAUCAGUGGCUAUUGUGACCAUUAUAGUUGAUGCGGGUUUGAUAAGCCUCCAAGAGGAGGUGGUGACUGAGAUGAUAGAGGAAGAGAUGAAAGCUCUCAGCUACUCGCUGUUGGACAUGCAGGCUGUGGCUCAUGGAAAAAUACAAUUGGAGCUGGUACUAGCCGUGGAGGGAUUGGAUGGGGCUACUGAUGAAACGCAUGACCUGAUUGAGAUGGCUAUCUUGGAGAGGCUCUCCUCUACGAGCAGUCCGACUCAUGACACAGAGACUAUCGACACUGGCUCAAAGAUACAAUUGACUGACAAUGUAGUGCUCAUAGUGUCUUCGUUGUCUGUUUUAGUUGCAGUAAUCCUGCUAACUCUUUCAGGCAUCUUGCUAGCUUGUGUGUGGAUUAUCAGACUCAACAAGAAGAGGGCUAGGAAAGUUCCUAGCACCGAAACAGUUUGAUUCUUUGUCUGUGUUUUCAUUGUUUUUAUCAUAAUUACCAUUUUUAUUUCUGUUGUGUAUAUACAUGUUAUAAAUCAUCACUUUAA